CAUGUGCCUGUAACACACCUGGAACAGUAAAUGGCAGCAACGCGUGUGCUACCAAUGUCACUGGUCAGUGCAGCUGUAAAGCCAGUGUUGAAGGAAGAGCUUGUGACCGGUGUAAAGAUGGAUUCUAUGGCUUGUCUGAUGGAAAUAUCAAUGGAUGCCUUUCAUGUGACUGCGAUGUUGGAAGUGCCCUGAAUCAGUUGUGUAACAAGGAGUCAGGGCAGUGUGUCUGCAGAAAUGAGAACAUUUUAGGAAGACGCUGUGAUAUGGUACGUUCAGACUUUUACUACUUGAGUCCUCAUGGGAUUGACUUUGAGCUGGAAUACAGUUAUGGUCGAGUUUCAUGGAAGAGGGACCAGCAGAAUGCUGGAUUUUCUGAUCGAGGAUAUGCUGUAGUCAAAGCAAAUUCCUACCUAGCAGCUCUGUUGACAGUCCCAGAGACCACACAUUUGAGCAACAACUUUAGUCUCAUCGUCAGAUAUCGUAGCAGUGAGAACAUCAACCUUACUAUUCAAAUACUCUCAAUGGAUAAUUCCUCCCUGCCAGUGUUCUUGCCUGCAUGCUCCAACAUUUGGUGUGAAGUGAACACAUCAGUUACAGAUCCAGUAACACUCCAGUCAGGCCCUAACCUCAUAAAUAUAACACUUGCAGCCCGAGAAGUUUUACUGGACAAACUGGUAGCAUUUCCAGUUGAAUUUCUGCAACCAGAGGCUGUUUUAGGAUACAGUCUCCCUGCAGGCUGUGAUCUCAUGAAGAUCACAAUACCCAGUGACCCAGUUAAUGCCCUGGCUUGUCAGAAAGCUAUUUUCUCAGUCACAAUGUUUUACCUAGGAGCACCUCUUCCCUGCAGCUGUGAUGUCAAGGGCAGCAUCAGUGCCACCUGUAAUGUCAGCGGUGGUCAGUGUCAGUGCCAGCCUGGUGUGAUUGGCAGGACAUGUGACCGAUGCUCACCUGAUCACUAUGGCUUCAGCACAACAGGAUGUACAGCAUGCAACUGUGAUGAAUAUGGCACAAUAUGUGACAGUGUGACAGGACAGUGUCAGUGCCCAGACAACACAAUGGGGCUUCAGUGUGAGCACUGUGUGCCAGACUCAUGGGGCUGGAACAAAACUCUAGGUUGUCAGCUAUGCGAGUGCAACCUACUUGGAUCUGUAAGCCAGCAGUGUAAUGAGACAACUGGUAUUUGUGCAUGCAAAAUGGGAGUGGAAGGGGCUAAGUGUGAUCUGUGUGUUGAUGGAUUCUUUAAUCUGACCACACAAGGAUGCUCUCCUUGCAUGUGUAACGAGGCUGGAUCUGCGGGGUCUGUGUGUAAUAAGACUACAGGACAAUGCCUGUGUAAGGAAAAUACAGGCAGUCGUCAGUGUGACACCUGUUUGCCAGGAACUUUUGGUCUAGAUUCUAAGAAUCCUAUGGGAUGUCUAAACUGCAUUUGUAUGGGCGUCACAAAUAGUUGUGUCUCUGCAGGAAUUAAGCUUAGUUCUAGAUUGUAUCAAUUGUCAGUGAAAACAGACACUGCUGUUGCUCCUGCACUGAAUCUUGUUAUGGAAAACGGGAGUGUGGCUAAUGCAUCUGUUCGAUUUGAGUUGAACCCUGACAUGACAUCUGCCGCCAUCAUUGACAUAACAGCUGCCGAUCCCAGACUGUACUGGCAAAUGCCUGAUACUUUGUUAACAUCCUUAGUAUCCCUGUAUGGGACAGAUGUAUUAUUUACAGUAAACUUUGUUAUUGUAGAGGGUGUGCGCUACACUGAUCCUAAAGCCUUGCUGCUGAGAAAAUUGGAAUGCAGCUGCCUGAGAGGCAGGGUACCAAGAGGGGAGCGGUGUGCGUGUGGACUAGAAUACACAGGAAGCUCAUGUGAGAUGUGUGCACCUGGAUACAGGAGAGAAAAUGUCACCAGCUCACAAUACCUGGGAGUUUGUGUGCCAUGUAUGUGCCAUGGACAUUCAACAAUCUGUAAUGCUGAGACUGGUGUUUGUCAGGAUUGCCUCAACAACACAGAAGGAGCCAACUGUGAAAAUUGUUCUCCUGGUUUUUAUGGAAAUGCUACAAUAGGAACAGAAGUUGACUGCAUGGCAUGUCCUUGCUAUCCACCGAGAGUUAUUAAUGCUACGUGUGAGAAGGACAGCAACUCAACCAAUAUUGUUUGUUCAUUUUGUCAAGCUGGAUAUGUUGGUAUUCACUGUGAUGAGUGUGACGACUCAUAUAAUGGAAGCCCCAAGGCUCCCAAUGGAACCUGUCUGCCCUGUGAGUGCAAUGACAAUGCAGUCUCCUGUGACAGUGUAACUGGUCACUGCAUCUCUUGUACAUCUAACACAACAGGCACCAACUGUGAAAGGUGUAUUUCAGGUUUCUAUGGCAAUGCUUCUCAGCAAACUUGUCAAGAAUGCCAGUGUGUGCCAGGAACAUCAAACAGCACUGAAUGUGAUUUUAUAACUGGACAGUGCUCUUGUGUGUCUGGAGUUGGAGGAAGAUCAUGUGAUCAAUGCCUGAUGGGAUUUUGGGGUUAUAAUGUAGCAAAUUUUACAGGUUGCAAGGCCUGUGGGUGUGUGGAAGCGGGCAGUCUAAGUGUUCAGUGUUACAACAAUACAGGCCAGUGUUCCUGCAGAACUAAUGCAACUGGCAGCAAUUGUGAUGUCUGCAUUGAUGGAUUCUAUGGACUACCAUCUGCAUCUUGUCAAGCAUGCUCAUGUGACCCCAUCGGCUCACUAAAUAUAUCAAAGUGCAAUAUGACAACUGGUCAGUGUGAAUGUCGACCUGGUAUCGGGGGCAGGCAGUGUAACCAGUGUUUGCCGCUCCAUGUUAACUUCACUAGUGCAGGCUGCCAAGAGUGUGGACUGUGUCAGAAGUCUCUUGGUGACAAUAUUGCCAACCAGUCAAAGACAGCUACAGAGAUACUGAACAAAACACAGACAGCUGUCUUUGUUCAGAUGGAAGAUGGCAGACUUCAGGCCUUGUCAUUCAGGCUAAAUGAAAGCUUGAGCAGUCUUGGCUUGGCUGGAAGUAACAGCACAUCUGUGAAUGACAUCCUUGAUAAUGUGACAAGUACUCAGAUGCUUCUUGUGUCUGGCUUUGAGAAAACAAAAGCUAAGGUAUCCUAUUUGACUUCUGCUGUACAAUAUGCCACAAGCAAUGGUAGUUCUGAAGUGACUCGGCAGCUGGAAAUGUCACAAAAAGCUGGCAAUCUAAGCACAGAAAUUGAUGCAUUUGAAACAUCUCUAAGUGUCUCCAUCUUGUAUUUGACAACGUAUAACAACACAGCUUCGCAGUAUUUGAAUCGCACUGCUGGAACUUCUGGUAACUUUUCCACAUUUGAACCAGAGAAAGCUGCAGCCUCAUUGCUGCUUUCACAAGCUCAGAAUACAUCAAACAUAGACUCAACCAGUGCUCUUAUUCUCCAGCAGGCUGCAGAUGUUGCUGCAUUAAACACAACAAUUGUCACUCUAGCCUCAGACAUCAAUGCUGCCACUGUUUCUGUAGUAAACCUAACCUCAGUCCUGGAAACUCAGUCAUUCUCAGCUACAGCUGCUGACAACUCCUUCGAUGAAGCAAUGCUAUUUAAAACCCAGGCAGAGGAACUGAAAAGUGCAGUCUUGACCAUUCUCAACAAAACAGAGCAGAAGAACACAGAAUCUACUGUAGGUCUGUCUGCUGCUCGAGCUGCUGCUAGAAACACCAAUACAGUUUACAGUGGUGAUGCACCAUCUGUAAUGGUAUGGAUCAGUUUUCCCAGUGCUGUCACGAACUUUGAAAACGGAAUUUCAAAAUUGAAAAAUCUCCAGACAUUGGUGCCAAUACUUGCAGACAGAGCUGCUGCAUCAGUAUACCAGUCAGAAUCUCAUGUAGAUUAUCUGGAACAAGCAUUUGCAAAUCUUAGCAGUGUGUAUCAAAAUGUAUCAUCUGUUGGAAAAGAUGCAGUUGAGGCUAUAGAUAAUUAUAAAGAAAUUGUGAGUGACCUUGAUGCUGCAGUCUCCACUAUAGCCACUGCCAAUCGGCUGAUUUUAGAAGUGCAGAGCAACUUUUCUGGCGAUGGGUUCAAUAAAUUACAAGAGAAGUAUUCAGCAGAAAGGGCCAGUUCUGACAUCCUCCGCCAACAGCUUAUGGAGCUAGAUUAUGGACCACAAGUUCUCCAAAGUUUAGUUGAUGCAGAAGUUGCCAAGCUCGACAAGGAAACUGCCCAGUGGGCACAAGCAGAUGUGGAAAUUAUUGCCAUGAGAGCUGCUGCCCAGCCUGUAUCUUUACAGAUAGCAGGUAACACAAUGAAUGACCAGACUGUCAGUGCUGUUGCUGUGACUGAUGAGAUUCUGAGAACAGCUGCCAGCAUUAUUGCCAGCACUACAAUCCAGGACAAUGUGCUCACUCAGAAGCAGGCAGAACUGGACUCCAUAGACGGGCAGAUAAAUCAGACUCAACAGUUGCAGCAGAAUGUUGGCCAGCUAUUAAUAGCUCAUCAGAUCAAGUAUGAAGCUUUUCAAAGAAAUCUAACUACUGCCACAAGCUUGGGCCAGACAAAUGCAGACAGAACUAAACAAGUAGCAGACAAAAUACAGUGGCUGCAGAGCAAACUAGAGAGAGCUGAGAGUCUGUUGGAGAAGCUACAGCAGCCUGUGAGUUUUGAUGGGAAUCUGAGUCUGGAGCUGAAGAAUCCUGUAGCCAAUGUUCCACAUUUGUAUGAUAAUGUGCUGAUAGAGAUGAAAAGACCCGCUGACCUCACUGAUGGCAUUGUCUUCUUUGUGGACAGUCCUACUACCAGUGCAGAACUUGAAAUCGGCUUGAGUACUGGGAAAAUCUUCUUUGAGUUUAACACUGGUUUCCAGAAUGUCAGAGUCACAAGUCUGACAGAAAUUUGCAGUGACUGCUGGGUAAAGAUUUAUGCCUCAAGAUAUGGCACAGUAGGUCACCUUACGGUUAUAAUAAUGUCUACGGGGGGCAUCAUGUCAAACAGUCAAAGAGGUUCAGAUGAUGUAAACGCCAGACAAUUAACUGUGAACUCAGACCUGUACCUUGGAUCACUUCCAAAUUCUAAACAGACUACUAAAGUUGCCAGCAGAAUAUUCAGAGGCUGCCUGUACAAUGUAAAAUAUCAAAAUCAGCUCCAGAAUUUGUGGACCAAUGUUAUGUCCAGCAGUCAAAAAUCAAAAUGCUGUCAGUCUCCACCAAAUCUGCCCAUGUUACCAGUCACCCAAGGGACCUCAUUCUCCGGCUUGGAGUUUCGCACAGUGAUGUCUGAUGCUGCAUUGCUUAAAGUCACUUCAACAGAUGGCAAAACAAACUCUUCACUGUUUCUGUCCGAUGGGUAUGUAGUAUGGGAGACAUUAAGUGGUGCCAUCUUAUCCAGAUUACAGAGCCAGUACCAGUAUACAAGUGGACAGUGGGUUCAGAUUCUGACUGAAAGAGAAACAACAGAACGGAAACUGACAGUGAAAUACACAGACUCCACCGUUAACCAGAGUGUGACCAGUGUUAACCUUGCUUUCCUAGAUUUGUCUAACCUUGAUAACCAGAAUAUUCUGAUUGGCUCGGCAGCAGAUCCUCUGAAUACUGGAUAUGCUGUGAGCAACACAAACUUUGCUGGUUGUUUGAGAAACUUCAUCAUAACUACAUCCACUGGAACAACAACAUUCAGUUUAAAAGAGAACAUUGUGACUUCACUGGGUGUCACCUCAGAGGGAUGUUAUGAAAAGAUAGUCAGUGGAGUAGCAUUCACCUCCCUCUCGGCUUAUGCUCAGCUUGUCAAUACAGAUCAAAUACAGCAGCUGAAAGGUCUUGAGGUUGACGUUAUAACUAAUGAACCUCAAGGCAUAAUUGCUUACAUUGGUAGCCCAGGAGCUCUGAGAUUCCUGUAUCUGGCAUUGUUUGGUGGCAAUGUGAUUGUAGUGUACAACCAAAACAUCACAUCUGUUGUGGUCAGCUCUGGUCAGUUUGUCAGUGAUGGCCAAAAGCAUACUAUAAAGCUGGACUGCACAACAUUAAGAGUCUCCCUCAAUGUGGACAACAACAUUUUUGAAGAAACAUCUCAGACCCUGAGUGUUGACUACCUGGCUUUCCCUGCUAGUGCUAUGCUGCAGAUUGGUGGGGUCAUGAAUGGAACAAACCUACAGCCUGAGUGUCCUGUCACCCAUUCUCUUAUUGGGGGAAUCUCCAGACUGUCUGUAAACUCCAGAUUGGUUCCAUUUCUUCAGUCAAAUAUUUUGACCCAAAAGGAUGUUACGCUUGCUGGUAUUCCAGCUUCAUCUGCUAGCAUCGUCUCUCCAUCCAAUUUUACUGACCCUGUUUUAGUGCCUUGUGUUACGCCCUCAACACCCACACGCCUUGAGCUUAAUGCGGGACUUUUUAUCAAUGGGACAAGUUCCAUUAAUUGGAGUGAUCUUGCACCAAAUUUGAGUCUUCCUGCUUACUUUGAGAGGAGUUUUGCGAUGGACAUUGACUUUGCUGCCUUUAAGGCCGAUGGUGUGCUGUUUUAUGUGUCGGACCUACCGGAUAAUCCCAGUUACUAUCUGACUAUUUAUUUGUUGGAUGGGUUCCUUCACCUGCGUCUGAGGACAAGCCUGAAAAAAGAGCAUGAUGUUCAUCUUCUAAAACAUUACAGCAAUGGCCAGCGAUACACACUGCGGGUGAUGAAGAUAAAUGAUUUUGCAAGUUUAGUCAUUGACUCAGAAAAAGAUUAUGUCAACACUGAAGCUAAUGCAAACAUAACAUCACAGCUUUUAUUACCAGCUUCGGUGCGUGUUUAUCUUGGUGGAAUCGGUAGCAACAUUGCUUCAACAUCUGCACUUCCUCAGAAGAUUGUACAGCAGCCAUCAAAGAUGAAUUUUGCUGGAGCUGUCUACUCUGUGAGCCUUAAAUCUCAGGAUGUCACCCCUUCAGAUGUUGCUCUGUCACUUGGACCCUUGGACAGAACAAUUUACCCUGCAAUUCCAAAAACAGCAUACUACGGAGUCUCCCUAACUGGCAGCAAUUCUUACUUGGGAUUAGGUCCAGUAAAUAUCACUGAGGAUAUUGCAGUAGAAAUUCAGUUUACUUCAACAUCUGAGUCUGGUUUACUGCUGUUGUGGUAUCAAGUAGCUUCUUCCAGAUACCUGGCCAUUGAUAUAGCCAAGCAACAG